AGACAGAGAGGGAGUCAUUUCAUUGGCACCUGAGUCAGCAAAGAAGUCAAGAUGGCCAAAGUUCCUGACCUUUUUGAAGACCUUCAGAUCUUCAAAAAGGACCUGAAGAACUGUUACAGUGAAAAUGAAGAAUACAGUUCUGAAAUUGACCAUCUCUCUCUGAGUCAGAAAUCCUUCUAUGAUGUGAACUAUGACCCACUUCAUGAGGACUGCAUGUCUCUAAGAACCUCUGAAACCUCAAAGACAUCUCAGCUUACCUUCAAGGAGGAUGUGGUGAUGGUGGCAGCCAACGGGAAGAUUCUGAAGAAGAGACGGUUGAGUUUAAAUCAAUUCAUCACUGAUGAUGACCUGGAAGUUAUUACCAAUGAUACAGAAGAAGAAAUCAUGAAGCCCAGAUCAGCAGCAUACAACUUCCGUAGCAAUGAAAAAUACAACUACAAGAGGAUCAUCAAAUCGCAAUUCAUUCUGAAUGACAACCUCAAUCAAAGUAUAAUUCAACAAACAGGGGGAAACUACCUCAUGGCUGCCGCAUUACAGAAUCUGGAUGAUGCAGUGAAAUUUGACAUGGGGGCUUACACUUCAGAAGAUUCUAAACUUCCUGUGACUCUAAGAAUCUCAAAAACUCGGCUGUUUGUGAGUGCCCAAAAUGAAGGUGAACCUGUAUUGCUAAAGGAGAUGCCUGAGACACCCAAAACCAUCAAAGAUGAGACCAACCUUCUCUUCUUCUGGGAACGUCAUGGCACGAAGAACUACUUCACAUCAGUCGCCCAGCCAAAGUUGUUCAUUGCCACACAGGAACGAAAACUGGUGCACAUGGCAAGAGGGCAACCCUCUAUCACUGACUUUCAGAUACUGGAAACCCAAACUUGACUCUGGGGUCUACUUACUUGUGAAGUGUUGACAGUCCAUAUGUACUAUGUACAUGGAGGAGUCAAAUCCUUUACUCUUAAUCACUUGCUGAGCAUGUGCUGAGCCUUUGUAAUUCCAAAUGAAUAUUUACUCUCUUUGUAAGAGAGUGAGCAAGGUCUAAUGCAAACAACACUAAUAUAUAAUGUUAUUUGUUAUUUAAGAACACCCUAUACUUUGCAAACUACCAAUCAGUUUAAUUAUUAUUCUUCAUAACAAUCUUGGGAGGACCAGGGCUACUGACUAUGGCUACCAAAAAGAUUCUACCCAUACUACAGAUUGGUUAAGUAACUGAGGCAUUAGAAAACUAAAUACCCACAACAGCAAUUGGAAUGAGAAGCCAUAUGCCUAGGAUCUCAUUCCAACUGUUUGCCUUUAAGUUGCUAAUGGACCCUUAAUCAAAUACUGUAAGUUUCUGGGACCUCAGUUUGAUCAUCUUUAAAACGGAGGGGAUGAUACUUACAUCCUUCUUGCCUCAACAGUAUUUUAUGCUAAUCAAUGAGAUCAGUUUAAUGAAAUACUUCUUGA